UCAUAGUUCCAUACCGGAGAGAAACCUACAUUUUGUUUUCCUCUAUACAGUCUGGAAGAAGAACUGACAGUACCUUUAGGAGUUUCUUUUCAACUAAAUACACGUUUGGGGCUCGGGAACAUCAACACUUCGUUUAGUUCCAGAUAUUUGUUCUACUCAUGUGAGACACGUUACCUGUUUAUUUGACCUUUGUUUCUAUUCCUUAUUUAUUUUCUGCAUUCCUUUCAUCCCCGGUAACGGCGGAUGCCCCCUUCUUCUCACGUGAGUGUGCGACGGUUCCCCGGUCAGAAAUACCAAGGAGUUGUUGAGAAUUACUGCGGUCUGUAGACAGCAACAGUUUUCACAUGACAAGAGACUGACGCUGACAGAGUUGCGUUUAAGACUUGUUGCUCUUCGGCAUUUAACGGGUCGCCAUGAACUUUUUGCCGUUAUCAUCUUCUCAUCAUUCAUUACGGUUUACUUUCUCGAGAUCAUGAGAUUAAUUCAAUAUGUCAUGCUGCUCUUUGUGUUUUGUUGUUUCUCUUUGUUAAACUAUAGGCUCUACUAUUCUCAUUUACUCAUACCCAAAUUGUCCCUUGUGUGUGGAAGAGGACACGCUCUCCCCACGAUGACCAAUGAGACCCCAGUUGACCCCUACAUCUUCACCACUGACCUCCUGCCUCUUGACCCUCGCUUCCUUCCUCCGCUGGCCAAUGGGCUGCUGGGUUGGAGGGUGUACGGUGACAUCAUGCACAUGGGCGGAGUCUAUAACGGCGAGGGCGGGGACUGUCACCGUGCCAAUCUCCCCUGUCCUCUGGCUGUGAGGAUGGAUAUAGAUGAGGUGGAAAAGGCAGGGCAUCUGCAACACUCCUACAGUCUAGAUACACACACGGGUAUAUUCACCCACUCUCUGAGGACAGUUAGUGUUAUUGCCUCCCAGUCUCUCUACACCCAUCGACACCAUCCCAACCUCUUGGUCAUGGAGGUCCUGCUGAUUCGUCAGGGCACCUCCCGGGAGCCAAUCACAAUCAAGCUGGACAGUAGGUUCACGCCUCAAAGCGAUGACAUAGUGUUCCAUUCCGAACCGGACUACAAAGGAGCCAGUUACAUCCAGGGCCAGACCACCACGGCUGAGGUCUCUGGUGGCGUCUGUCCCAGCGUCCACAUCAUCUGGACCCCCAUCACCCCUUCCCUUACCCUGCUGCCCGACCAGGCCCAGUCCCGCUGGGGGUUCAUGGUGGCGGUGGCGGGCAGUCAGGACAGCGUACAGGCUCACUACGACACAGCUCUGGAGCUGAUGGCCAAUGGGAACCUUCGUCCCUCGCACCUCCGGGCGUGGGAGGAGCUGUGGGCGGGCAGCACCCUGGAGCUGACUGGUCCAGACGACCUGAGCAGGGCUCUGAUUGGCUGCAUGUUCUACCUGCUCAGUGCCUUCCCUUCGUUGCACGAGGCGCCCGGUCAUUUCGGCGGCGUCAGUCCUGGAGGACUGUCUAACGGGGGGUCAGGGCAAGACUACUGGGGACACGUGUUCUGGGACCAGGACACUUGGAUGUACCCCAGUAUUGGUCUCUUCUACCCUCAGUUAGCACGGGCCGUGCUUGAGUACCGGGUGAGGACAGUAGAUGGCGCUAAGGACAAUGCUGAGAAGCAAGGCUACAAGGGACUAAAGUUCCCGUGGGAAAGUGCUGUGUCAGGGAGAGAGGUGUGUCCUGAAGAUAUAUACGGACAACAAGAGAUCCACAUCAACGGAGACGUUACUCUGGCCUUCCAGCACUACCUCUACCUCACACAGGACAUGUCUAUGUUCACAGAGGGGCGUGGCAGCGAAGUGAUUUGGGGCGUGGCUGAUUACUGGGUUUCCAGGGUAACCUGGAGCGCUGAAGAACAGAACUACCACAUCUUAGGUGUCAUGCCCCCCGAUGAGUAUUACUACAACGUCAACAACUCGGUGUACACAAACACUGUGGCCAAGUUCAGUCUGGAGUUCGCUGUGGAGUUGGCUGCCCUGCUGAAGUACCCUGCUCCUCGGGAGUGGCAGCAGGUAGCAGACAAGAUCAAAAUCCCUUUCGAUCAGAAGCAGAAAUAUCAUCCUGAAUUUGACGGCUACAAAAAAGGACAAUUCGUGAAGCAGGCUGACACAGUGAUGCUAGGCUAUCCCCUGGGUCUACCUAUGACCCCUGAGGUCAGGAGAAAUGACCUGGAGUUCUACGAGGCUGUCACAGACCCUGGUGGUCCAGCUAUGACAUGGGGUAUGUUUGCAGUGGGCUGGCUGGAGCUGGGGGAGGUGGAGAAGGCUGGACAUCUACUCCAGAAGUGUUUCAAAAAUAUCCAGGGACCAUUCCAGGUAUGGAGUGAAUCGUCAGAUGGUUCUGGGGCGGUGAACUUUCUCACUGGUAUGGGAGGAUUCCUGCAGGCUGUUCUGUUUGGCUACACUGGAUUCAGAGUACAGAAGGAUUGUCUGGCCUUCGCCCCUUCCAUCCCUGAUGACAUCACUCAGCUGUGUAUCCGGGGGAUCAGUUACCUGGGCAACAAGAUGGACUGGCUGGUGAGGGGACAGGAAGUUUACAUCAUACUGAGAGAGGGAGCAAAGCAUGCUGGGAAUACCAAACCCUGCGCUCUGCAGGUGGUCCUCAAGAACUCUGGGACCAAGAUCCCUCUUAUACCAGGAAAACCAGUGACUUUCCCACGGGAGUCUGGAAUGAUCUGUAAAGUGGAUGGUGCCUUAUCCUGCUGGCCCAUGUGAGGACCAUCCCUGUCAAACCCCAUCGCCUUCUACCCACAGUACCUUCCAUCUACAGUACCUUUUCCAUACAGUACCUUCUAUAUACAGUACUUUCUAUCUACUGUACCUUUUUACAGUACAGUACUUU